GGAAGCAGGGGAGAGAGAGAGAGAGAAAAGGAGAGGUUGCAUGUGGCUAUUUGAGGUAGCCGUUGAGUUAUGGAGCGAGACAGAAUAGCUGCUCUGAAGAGGUCCUUUGAGGUGGAGGAUGUUGACACCUCAUCUCACUUGUCCCCCGGCUCCCGUCGGACAACCAACUCCCCUCACCGCAACGCCAUGUCUCCCACCAGCAUCUACUACCGUGACCUGGGCACUGCCACCCCGGCCACCACCACCAACAACAACAACCUCAACUAUACCCAACCCCGCUCCAUCAUGGGCGGAGGAGGCUCCAAGACCCCUGAGCCUGUGUCGCGCCGCUCCGAACUCUCCAUCGACAUCUCCACUUCCUCCAGCAAGCAGGUGGAUAACGUGGGCAGCCCUGCUUCCAUGCGCUUUGCGGCCAACAGCGCCCUGAAGCGCCCCGAAGUCCUGGGCCACUCCAGGACCCCCGAGAUGAGCCACAAGAGGGAGGUCACUUUUGCCAAGACUCCUACCGAUUCCCCAGUGAUACGCCGCAACGAGGGCAACUACAACAACAACGGCACCAGCCGGCCCCUUGAGCAGAACCACGCUCGCAAGUUUGAGCCUCCAAGUCCAGGAGAUGUCCGUAAACCCGAAAUCAGCAUCACCAGAGCUCCCCCAGAAAACAAUGGCCACCACCCACCAGUGCACCACCCACACCACCCUAAUCCUCACCACAACACCAUCGUUACCACCUUCCGCUGCUCCUCGCCCAGUCAUGGACGGAAAUCCCCCAACCCUGACAGGUCAGAGGUCAGUCUGAGCCACAGCAACAUGUCGGAGUCCGCCAAGCCCCACCAACCUAUCCCCCAAGGUAAAGGGGAGAAGACCCAUGGCAGCGACUUCAGCUACGUGGGCAUCGAUGCCAUCCUGGAACAGAUGAGGAGGAAGGCCAUGAAGCAGGGCUUCGAGCUCAACAUCAUGGUUGUGGGGCAAAGCGGCCUGGGGAAGUCCACUCUGAUGAACACCCUGUUCAAGUCCAAGGUGAGCCGUAAGUCGGUGCAGCCGAACCUGGGGGAGAGGAUCCCCAAGACCAUCGAGAUCAAGUCCAUCAGCCACGACAUUGAGGAGAAAGGAGUGAGAAUGAAGCUGACUGUAAUCGACACUCCGGGCUUCGGGGAUCACAUCAACAAUGAAAACUGCUGGCAGCCCAUUAUGAAGUUCAUCAAUGACCAGUAUGAAGCCUACCUGCAGGAGGAAAUCAACAUCAACAGGAAGAAGAGGAUCCCGGACUCCAGGGUUCACUGCUGCAUAUACUUCAUACCUCCCACAGGCCACUGUCUGAGGCCUCUGGAUGUGGAGUUCAUGAGGCGUCUGAGUAAGGUGGUCAACAUCGUCCCCGUCAUCGCCAAGGCCGACACACUCACCCUGGAAGAGAGGGACGACUUUAAACAGACGAUCAGGGAAGAGCUGCGAGCCAAUGGAAUCGACGUUUACCCCCAGAAAGAGUUCGACGAGGACGCAGAAGACAGGAUGAUUAAUGACAAAAUCAGGGAGAUGAUCCCUUUUGCUGUUGUGGGCAGUGACCAGGAGUACCAGGUGAACGGAAAGAGGAUUCUGGGAAGGAAAACAAAAUGGGGCACCAUAGAGGUUGAGAAUAUUGCACACUGUGAGUUUGCUUACCUGCGAGACCUCCUCAUCAGGACACACAUGCAGAACAUCAAGGACAUCACAGGCAGCAUCCACUACGAGACAUAUCGUGUCCGCCGGUUAAACGAGUCCAACGGUCACUUCAGCCCUCACCCGUCCGAGCAUCCAGCUGCUCAGCCAAAGGCCAACGGUCAGCCCGAGGAGCAGCCCAGCAGCGUCACGCAGGCCAACGGAGUGGCUGCUCAGCACGAAGCCAUGUCCCACGAGAUGUAGAGUCCAUACAUGAUGUCAGGACACAGCCAGGCACGAAACAUACAGUCGCUCAUGUGUUCUGUUUAUACGAACAAACACAAACACACACACACACACACACACACACACACACACACACACACACACACACACACACACACACACACACACACACACACACACACACACACGCACUCAUGCUGUGAAGCCUAUCUUUUUGUUACCUAGAAGGACUAACUACCUAACCACAGGAAGUUCCAAUACAGAUGAUUCAGAGUAGAUCCUUACAUUUUCCCUCUAUUAUUUUCCGUCAUUACAAUUUUGAGCAAAAUUACGUCUUUCCUGCAAAUCCACAUCCAGACUCUUCCCCCCCCCUCCGUAUGCCAGCACAUAGCAAUCUACAUUCAGAGUUGUUUACAAGAAUAAACCAUGAAAUUUGUCAGGUAAUGGAUAAACAAAAAUAAAUCUAUACAUGUUUCAAUAUGAAGCUUUGGCUGCUGGUUUUAUUUGUACAGCAGUCGCUGAAAUGCAGCAAGUUAAAUGAAAGUAAAUCAGAGUGAAACAAUUUUGAUCAGAAUCAAAGCGUGUGAUGGAAAAAGAGUUCCCAUAAGAGAGACGGAAAGGCAUCUCGUGUACAAAAUACCUUUGCAGGAUCUUUGGUUGACAGGUGUAGCCAUGCAGGGUUGUCCAGAUGAGGAGAAAUGGCAUAAUUCAAAAUGAAGUACAGCAUAACAGAUUAUAACACAUUAGCUCUAAACUAGAAUUAACUGGUCUGCUUUGUGUUGUGGUGUAAAGUUUUGUAUAGAAACUAGGGUUAAGUAGGGAUAUUUAGAUUAGGUUCAUAGUAUCAUGGAGAAAGUAAAGAUAUUUUUGACACCUUCGCACUGCAAAAUAAUAAUAAAAAACUAAAGCAGUGGCAGUGUGGAGCGGCUUUCAGAAGAAAAUUGUCCCCAUUGUAAUUUUUCCAUUGUGUUAUGAUGUUUUUAAAAAAACCUUUUUGCCAAUCCAUCCUGUCUCUUUCUAUAUAAUGCCAAUGUUGUGUAAUAGUCAUACCUUGCAUUUUACAUUUACUAUUGUAUUUUUAUUGCUGUUGUUCAUGUUCUAAUGUUAUUGUAUACGAUGGGAGUUGUAGAGGAAUCUGUGCAACUGUUGUCCUACGUUUUGUCCAUUUUUUUCCUGACCAAAUAAAAUACUUUUUUUCUGUUCUAAAGAGAAGCACAUACAGUAUAUAGAGUUGAUUUAUGAAUAGGUAUUUAUGUGUAUGUUAAGUGUAAUCAGUUUAAUUCAACUUUCAUUUCAGCUUUUGGCUUCCAGAGGUUUGUUGCAGGUCUCUACCAGUGUUGAUCUUUUAGCUUUAGACGAUGUUUGUUUUUAGUGGCCUGCAUUCAUACAAUAUGUUGUAGCCCAUUAGCUCCGCUGCACUAUAACUAGCACCAAAGUGCAAAUGUUGUCUAUAUUUGUUAAUUGAUUAUUAACGAUUACAAACAGAUCCUGCCGUUAGAACAGUGAUAUCUACAACAAGAUUAUUGGGAUGUUUACUACCGCUGAGAGGAAGAUUUGUGCCAAAAAAGUCAAAAUACCACCCAUAAAAGAGUUCCUGUUGAUAAAGUUUUCUAGGGAGAAAUGUGCACAUUGAUUAAACUCAAGGGAUAUUUUAGAGGCUACAUCUAAUUUUUAAACAUGAUCAUAUUUUCUAACAAAAAUAUCCAAGAGUGUGUUUUCUCGCUUUAAGUCACAACAAUAAUUCAUACAAAUAUGCAGAAGAUAGAAUACAUUCAAACACGAACAGAACUAUUGUCUUUUAUCCAGAGAAAGUUAUUGGGUUACACUUUGUUUACUGUUGUAAAGUUCUUGUGUAAUUUGUUAUGGUAUCAUAGAUUAAGGUUUUAUCUUUGAUAUG